AGGUUUCAGUAGCGGCGCUGAGCGCAGGCUGGGAACGCGAAGCUAAGAGCCGCAGCUCAAGCCGCCUCAGUGCAGUGUACCCGGGCACUAGCCCGCUUGCAGCCCUAGGAUUAGCCCGAGGACACGUCCUCUGCGCGGCCUCCGCCCAGCCGCCCUCACCUGGAUUACCUACCGCGGCAGUUGGAGCGGAGCUAGCGAGGAGCAAGGCAGGAGGAAAGCCCGGAGCGGAGCCCAGCUUUUCAGGUCCCCCUCCGGCGGGUGGACGCGCGGGAAAGCGGCGUCCCGGACGGAGCCAGCUUCAGGGCCGGCGGGUGGAGAGAGCGACGCCCCAGGGGAUGGCAGCGGCGUCCCGUAGAGCCUCCGGCUGGGCGCUACUGCUGCUGGCGGCACUUUGGCAGCAGCGCGCGGCCGGCUCCGGAGUCUUCCAGCUGCAGCUGCAGGAGUUUGCCAACGAGCGCGGCGUUCUGGCCAGCGGACGGCCGUGCGAACCCGGCUGCCGGACCUUCUUCCGCGUCUGCCUUAAGCACUUCCAGGCGGUCGUCUCGCCCGGGCCCUGCACUUUCGGCAGCGUCUCCACGCCUGUGUUGGGCACCAACUCCUUCGCCGUCGGGGACGACAGUAGCGGCGGGGGACGCAACCCUCUCCAACUGCCCUUCAAUUUCACCUGGCCGGGUACCUUCUCGCUCAUUAUCGAAGCUUGGCACGCGCCAGGAGACGACCUGAGGCCAGAGGCAUUGCCACCAGACGCGCUCAUCAGCAAGAUCGCCAUCCAGGGCUCCCUAGCUGUGGGCCAGAACUGGUUACUGGAUGAGCAGACCAGCCCCCUCACAAGGCUGCGCUACUCUUACCGGGUCAUCUGCAGUGACAACUACUAUGGGGACAGCUGCUCACGCCUGUGCAAGAAGCGCAAUGACCACUUCGGCCACUACGUGUGCCAGCCAGAUGGCAGCCUGUCCUGCCUGCCCGGCUGGACUGGGGAGUACUGCGAACAGCCUGUCUGUCUUUCUGGCUGUCACGAACAGAAUGGCUACUGCAGCAAGCCAGCGGAGUGCAUCUGCCGCCCAGGCUGGCAGGGCCGCCUGUGCAACGAAUGCAUCCCCCACAAUGGCUGUCGCCAUGGCACCUGCAGCACUCCCUGGCAAUGCACCUGUGAUGAGGGCUGGGGAGGCCUAUUCUGUGACCAAGAUCUCAACUACUGCACCCACCACUCCCCGUGCAAGAACGGGGCAACGUGCUCUAAUAGUGGGCAGCGGAGCUACACCUGCACCUGUCGCCCGGGCUACACUGGUGUGGACUGUGAGCUGGAGCUCAGCGAGUGUGACAGCAAUCCCUGUCGCAAUGGAGGCAGCUGUAAGGACCAGGAGGAUGGCUACCGCUGCCUGUGUCCCCCGGGCUACUACGGCCUGCACUGUGAACACAGCACCUUGAGCUGUGCCGACUCUCCCUGCUUCAAUGGGGGCUCCUGCCGGGAGCGCAACCAGGGGGCCAGCUAUGCCUGCGAAUGCCCCCCUAACUUCACUGGCUCCAACUGUGAGAAGAAAGUGGACAGGUGUACCAGCAACCCGUGUGCCAAUGGGGGCCAGUGCCUGAACCGAGGUCCGAACCGCAUGUGCCGCUGCCGUCCUGGAUUCACAGGCGCCCACUGUGAACUCCACAUCAGUGACUGUGCCCGCAGCCCUUGUGCCCACGGUGGCACUUGCCAUGACCUAGAGAACGGGCUGGUGUGCACCUGCCCUCCUGGCUUCUCUGGCCGGCGCUGUGAGGUGCGGACGCCCAGUGACGCCUGUGCCUCCGGACCCUGCCUCAAUGGGGCCACCUGCUAUACUGGCCUCUCCCCAGACAACUUUGUCUGCAACUGUCCCUACGGCUUUGUGGGCAGCCGCUGCGAGUUCCCUGUGAGCAUGCCACCCAGCUUCCCCUGGGUGGCUGUCUCCCUGGGCGUGGGGCUGGUGGUGGUGCUGGUGUUGCUGGGCAUGGUGGCCGUGGCUGUGCGGCAGCUGCGGCUUCGGCGGCCCGAUGACGACAGCAGGGAGGCCAUGAACAACUUGUCGGACUUCCAGAAAGACAACCUGAUCCCCACAGCCCAGCUCAAGAACACGAACCAGAAGAAGGAGCUGGAAGUGGACUGUGGCCUGGACAAGUCCAACUGUGGCAAACAGCAGAACCACACAUUGGACUAUAAUCUGGCCCCAGGGCCCCUGGGGCGGGGGACCAUCCUGGGGAAAUACCCCCACAGUGACAAGAGCUUAGGGGAGAAGGCGCCACUGCGGUUACACAGUGAAAAGCCAGAGUGUCGGAUAUCAGCGAUAUGCUCCCCCAGGGACUCCAUGUACCAGUCUGUGUGUUUGAUAUCAGAGGAGAGGAAUGAAUGUGUCAUUGCCACAGAGGUAUAAGGCAGGAGGCUCCCCAGGACAUCCCAGCUUUGCCCCAGCAGCUGGACCUUCCUUCUGCAUUGUUUACAUUGCAUCCUGGAUGGGACGUUUUUAAUAUGCAACGUGCUGCUCUCAGGAGGAAGAGGGAAUGGCAUGAACUGGACAGACUGUGAACUUGCCAGGAGAUGCAGUACCCUUCCACACCUUUGGGUGUCUGGCAUCAGAUUGGCAGCCAUGCCAGCAAGGGGAACAGAGGAAAGGAGAGGUGCCACUUGGACCUGCCCUGCCAGCAGUGGCUUUCAGAGGGCUUCUUUGGGGCUCUGGCCUGUUUUCCAGAGGGAGUGGCAGUGGCCCCCUGGGGCCUGGAGCUGCUGUGGUCUCCACUGGCAUCUGUGUUUCCACAAGUGCCUUUGGCCCAGGCUCCAUGGCGACAGAUGGGUCCAAAUCAGAGAGGAGAGAGGAGGCCAGUAAGAGCAGGGCUGUCCGUCCGUGGGCAGGAGAGCAUCAGGUGUGGCUCUUGGCAGGAGUUGCCCUGCGGGUGAGGUGAGUGCCUGAAGCGGAGGAGCACUUUCUGCCCCGGGCCUCCAGCUACUUCAUGUGGGCCUUGCUCACAACACCACCCCAGCCUCUCCCUGGCCCAGCCCCUCUGGGCAAGGAUGCUGGUAAGCCUUACCUGGCUUCCAGAGCCUCUGGCCUUGAGUGCCUCAGGGCUCCUGUGAGCAGACAGGUGAAGAGCCUGCCCCUUCUGCCAGCCAGGGGCGCCGGGCCUGACUGGGGAGCUCAGGGCAGUGAUGUUGGAAAUUCCAGUGAGGGAGAAAGUGGGUGCUGUUGUCACCUAGGCCCUUUCCUCCCUCAAGCCCAUUCGUGUGGCCUCAAGCCUGGGCUCUGCCCACACCACUCCUGCCCCCAGACCACCCUUGAAGCUGAUCUUCAGAAAUCAAUAAUAUGAGUUUUUAUUUUGUUUUUUGUAGUUUAUUUUGGAGUCUAGUAUUUCGAUAAUUUAAGAAUCAGAAGCACUGACCUUUCUACAUUUUAUAACAUUAUUUUGUAUAUAAUGUGUAUUUAUAAUAUGGAACAGAUGUGUACAGGA